CCUACCCUAACACUUGACUGUGACGGCUUUUUUAACACCAAACAAAUCGGAAUUUGCGCUCCAACCUACCAGCAACCAACUAGCAAAAUGACCAAGGGUACUCAGUCCUUCGGUAUGAGACAUAACAAGUCUCAUACCAUUUGCCGUCGUUGUGGAAAGCGUUCCUUCCAUAUCCAAAAGAGCACCUGUGCCUCUUGCGGUUACCCUGCUGCUAAGACUCGCAAGUACAACUGGAACCCUAAGGCCAAGAGAAGAAAGACUACUGGUACUGGUCGCAUGCGCUACUUGAAGGAGGUUCACCGCCGCUUUGCCAAUGGUUUCCGUGCCGGUAAGCCUGCUGCUGCUGCUGCUGAGUCUGCUUAGAUGCGCAGGUUCGCUUAAAAUGGCAAGAACUUUUUCUCAGCUGUGUUUCAUAGAAUCGUUGUCUUCGAAAUGUCAAUUGAUUCAUGGUUGCAAUAA